UUCUCUGAUUCUAAUUGGUCAUUUUCUUACAUACUUGUAGAUUGAAGACCCAAUCAUGGAAAGGCCAUACACAUUUAAGGAUUUCCUUCUCAGACCAAGAAGCCACAAAUCUCACGUAAAAGGUUUCUUGAGAUUGAAGAUGGCUUAUAUGCCUAAAAACAGUGGCCAAGAGGAAGAAAAUAGCAAUCAAAGGAAUGAGUCUGAGCACGAAUGGGAUGUGAUUGAUUCCAAUGACUCUGCAUCUCAGCGUCAGGAGGUGUUACCACCUCCUCCACUGCCUCCUGGAUGGGAAGAAAAGGUUGACAACCUGGGGCGGACAUACUAUGUCAACCACAACAGCAGAACUACUCAAUGGCAUCGACCAAGUUUAAUUGAUGUGGGAUCUGAUUCAGAUAACAACAUCAGACAAAUAAACCAGGAAGCAGCCCAUAGGCGGUUUCGCUCUCGGAGACACAUUAGUGAGGAUUUGGAACCAGAACCUAUGGAGAUUGGAGGCAUUCUUGAGCCUUGGGAAGCCAUUUCAGAGGAGGCAAGUGCAAGUGGAGGUUCCUUAAGCUUGUUGUUGCCACCACCUCCUGCAUCUCCUGUAUCCCGUACCAGUCCUCCAGAGCUAUCUGAGGAACUGAGCAGUAGAUUUCAGAUCAUUAAUGAGGAACAGAUGAGUUCUUUGAUUGUAUGUGACACACUGUUUUUUCUGUAUACAUUUCUAUCACUGUGACCUUUUGUUAGUUUGACAUAAUCUGAAUCGCUUAUGUGGAUGAAUAGUUAUUGCUGGUCUUAA